AUGGAAGAUCAGUUUCAGUGCAAAGAAAAAGAGAGUGUGGUUAGCAAUGGCGCGUUGGAUAAGACACAGCAUUUUGGGGUCACCACUGUCCUAACCAUGACCACCUUGAGCAUCAGUGCUAGAAACUCCCUUCCUAAGGUGGCCUAUGCCACAGCCAUGGACUGGUUCAUGGCUGUGUGCUAUGCCUUUGUCUUCUCUGCCUUGAUUGAGUUUGCCACAGUCAACUACUUCACCAAGCGCAGCUGGGCAUGGGAUGGGAAAAAAGAGGGCAUGGAAAUAAGGGAACCGUUUCAGGCUAACAUGGCCAGGAUUAAAGAUAUGAGAAGAGAAUCUGCGACUCUGUCCAAAAAGGCAAACAACACCUUCAACAUUGUUGGAACCACCUACGCCAUCAACGUAGCGAAAGACCAAGGUUUGACGACCAUUUCCAAGAGUGCCCCCGGAGCAUCGGCUAAACACCCCUAUCUCCAUAAAAUGGACGACCCCUACAUGGAGGCCAGGAAGUCUUACAACCGUGUCAGCAAAGUGGACAAGAUAUCGCGCAUCAUUUUCCCAGUUCUGUUCUUCAUCUUCAACUUAGGCUACUGGGCCACAUAUGUCAACAGAAAGCCCGCUAUCAUGAAGGCAAACAACCUAAACUGAAUUUGACCAAAUGUUAAGCUUGAUCUGGUUUGGAAGGUAGAACGGUUUGCAGGAGGCCAAGUCCAUCACAUCUUUGUGUGUGUGUGUGUGUGUGUGUGUGUGUGUGUGCGCGUGCGUUUCAUGUGUCUGUCCUUCCUUGACAGUUUGAUAUUUUGCACGUCUGUGUAGAUGGAUGGCAAAUUUUAACAUACAGUAGAUUCAUCUAUAAUAGUGGACCUUGGAGGGAGCACAUUCUCACAUCAGACUGUGUUUGUGUAGCGUUUUCUUUUCACCCCCCUGCACACUUAGCUCUGGCCCUGUUCCCUGUUGUGAGUAUCCAAGUGUUCCUUUGCUGUAUCUUGAUGCUUGCGGUUUUGUAGAGUAGUCAAAAUGUGUUUUCACUAUGUUUUGACAUGUUUGCGCUUUGCUUGUAAUAAGUUAGAGCAAGCAUGCCUUUGAAGUUGUCAUUGUAGCUCAUUACCAAUGAUAAGGUUCUGACACAUCCAUCGAGUUAACAACAUGCAUGCACGCACGCACACACACACACACACACACACACACACAGAGACACACAGUGAUGUAUCAGAAAAUGCCAGAAGAGUCAUUCCUAGGUUGCUUUACUGUGCUCCGUUAACCGGGGGCAGCCUGUAUAGUUCCAUAGGAACAUCGUUAAUAAAAGUCGCUGUCUGGCCUUUAGCUCACGCUGAAUCUCAGCAGACCCAAUGCAGUAUCAACUGGAAUUGUUUUCGCGUCCCGUGUGGCUGCCUGUACAUUUUCUAGUCCAGUGGCUCUUGUUGUUUUAACUGGCUGAGUAUGUUCAUCAACAGAGAAGCUAUGUGCCUUGGUGAAUACAAACAUGAUAAAGAAAAAGGCUUUGACACCCUCACACUUGCAUUAACAGCACGCAUAUGCACAGUGGUCAGUGUGCAUUUUACAUGCAAACUGGUGUCCACAGGCUGCAUGCGCUGCAGUAUGUGGCUGUGCCCCCACCCACGGCCCAUGGGCAUGGGCACCGAGUGUAAAAUUGCCCAUUAGUUUAGAAGGUUAGCAGACCUCUGCCUGUGAAAAGAUGAAACAAAGAGAUUAAAGGAUCCAGCGUAGUCCAGAACAAUUAUUAUGUGCAUUUAUGUUUUGGCUCAUGGUGUGGCGUCUCCAUGAGCCGAGCAGUCAAAACAAACUACCACCAUUACCUCAGACUGAAGUUGAAUUCUGAAUUACAUUUUCCAUGGAAAUGCAAAUAACACUAGAUGUUUUAUACAUUACGUAACACCAGACACUCGUUCUUUCAGUAUAUCAUGGUCAGGCACCCUGGUGCCUUUAUUUCUUUUUUUUUUUAUUUCUUUUUUGUUUUUGCAUCAGUCAGUGUAGCCGUUUUUAGCUCCGUUAUGAGUUUUCUGCCUUUCUGCCUCGUCAUAAGCAAGAUUUAGAUUCAUGUUGUACUUUUGCCCUUUUAUACUUUAUUGUGUAAAGUAUAGUGGUGUUGAUUUGAUUGUCUACAUAUGCUGUACCGUUUUGUGUUUUAAAGUAGACAACAAAAGCCAUUUUGUCACAGUCAUACAGUUUUUCUAAACAAAUGUUGGAAGCACUGAAUCGUCACUGAAGACUAUUAUACUGCAACAUGCUAUCAAAUCAGUAAAACGAUAAAUAUUAACUGAUUUCUCCAGCAGUGAAAUAAUAAAUUAAAUGUAAUCGUUGUGAUCACACUCAAGAACAAACUAAUGGUAAAGCUGAUUAUCUUUCCAACAAGUUAGUGAUGUUUUGCAAAUCAGAUUAGUCUCCAGCUGUGGCAACUGUCUCCAACUUUUGUUUUCCGUUUGUUAAAAGACAUCUGUAUUUUUUUUUAUGUGUGGAAUUUGGUUCGUGUUUAUACAGAUGCUAUAUGAUUCUAAAGCAAUUUCUGUUGCUUUUUUGCUGGAUGCACUCUGGAUAUUUUGCAUUAUCUUAAUUCUAGACUUUUUGAUGAAAACUGGGCUCCCAACAUGCAGUGCAUAUCUUCAAAAUGUAUCUUCAGUGGUUAACCAUAGGAGAAUGAGUGAACUGUGUCGUGGCCUCUUUAAAAAGGUGUGUUAAUAACACAAACCAUGUACAAUGUAUCAGUCAUAUGUUAAUGCAUGACAAUCUGUACACAUGUAUGUCUGCAAUCUCCAAUAAUGGUGUGUUUCACACUAAAAUAGGGCUUAGUAUCAAUGUUUCUGUAGUUCAUCCCAUCUACUCAUCAAUUACCUACUCAUACCCCCAGCAACAUUUGCAUAAACACACUUAAACUCCAAUUAUUUGUGCAUAUUGAUGUGAUGAUAACAAUUUACAUUUGGCACAGAGUUCUGAAAGUGUUUUUACCCUCAUUUGGAGCGCACAGAUUUUAGGGUAAAUUCAGUGUAACACACACAAACACACACACAGAGCCGGCUCUUCAUCCAUUUCCGUUACAAAUGUUACAAUACAAAAUGUGGAAAAGGGAAGUCUGCUUGUAUACAUGCAUGAAGAUGCUUGGCCAAAAUAACUACAAAUCUUAAAUUUAGUUCCCACCUUGGAAAAUACAUUUAGAUCUAGGACUGAACAAUUAAUCAAAAUCUUAUUGAAAUCGCAAUAUGGCAACCCGCAGUUUUCGAAUCACAGGAGGCGCAAUAUUUGUUAAAAGCCGUGUGUGUGUCAAAAUACCAUUUUAAAGUAUAUAUUGUCACGCAGCAGAGAUGUCCUGACCUACAUAUCUAAGAACCUUUGGUACAGAUCCUUGUUUUUAAAUGCAAAAAUGAUCUUUUACUCCCAAGAUCUCAAAUCAUAUCACAACUGCAAUAUCAGUCAAAAUAAUCACAAUUACAUAUUUUUUCAAACUUUAGAUCACAUUUCAAAUGAGUAAUCCAGGUUCAGCAAAGAUAUAACAAAAUAAAGGAUAAUUUCUGUUUUGUUGUUCCCUAUUGUUCAAGCUUAAAAGUUGUGAUAGGUGGCAACAGUCUCACCAACUCAACUCUUGCAGUGAUUUAAAAAGAAAAUUUCAAUUGUUGUUAAUUAGACACUACCACCAAUCAAAACACGUGUCAAAGGUUUUCAUCCCACACAAGCAUGUGGACCAUAGAGACCUUUGAGGACACAUUGUUGUUCAUUACAGACAUCCAGAGACUUGCAACACAAAUGGAACAGCAUUAUUUUUCUCCUUGUAAACCAUUUUCAGAUUCAAAACAAUAAACACAUUAUUUUCUCAGACAAGAACUGGGCCGACAUGAUAAAAAUACUAUAAACUCUGGAUGAGAUUCGUGAGGACCUGGUAAAUUUUGUGUGUCACGUUAAAUUACAAACCAGUAGAGCAUUUAAAAUGUUUAAUACUUCCACAUAUUGUUCAAAACCACAAUCAGAGUAUGGUUUACUGUGAGACACCACGUCUCACCACGACUUGAUUUUUAUCAUUUUGUCUCAAAUAAACUGAUUCUUGAUACACAUCUGCUGAGGGUGUUUAAAGCCUGCUGGCGGCAGCUAAUUCCGGAUCUAAUGACACAGAGCCCUAAUGUUUAUGCAUGAUUCCUCUGAGUAAUGAGAUCGAGGUACUGAAGGUAGUUAUGAGAAGCAGCAGUCGCAAAGUAUUUCAGUUGCGUUUGUGAAAUAAUUUGCCUCAAAUACAGUCGUCCCUGAGUGACACAACGCAUAAAUCUUGUAAAAUGCGGUGACCAAAGAUGCUUUCACAUGGCAAGUUCAUGCGUGUUCAGACUAAAAUAAUCCAUUUUAAUCCCAUCCACAUUGAAAAAGGACUUUUAUGAGUAACUCGUAAAAAUCUAUCAAUACUUCAACAGAUUUAUACAAUUCUUGACAAGAUAGCGAUGUGCCCCAUAAAUGUAUAUGACCAAAAUAUUUAUAGAAAGACACAUAAUUUGUUUGAUCCAUUUCAUCUGUGGUAUUACUUUGGAAUGUAAUCUAUACUUUAUCAUUCAUAAUCUCAUUAUAUAAGUCAUUAUACUGUAUAUUCAUAUUUAAGUCUUUGCGUCAGACGAACACUUUGACCCAUUUCCUGAUCUGUAUGCAUCUGUGGGUAACAAAAACAUUUUUUUUUUUAAAACAAAGGGGGAAAAGACACUUACAGAGCCACAAACACAACCUCUGCCCUCUGCGGCUGAACUACAGUAGAAUCGCAAUCAUCCAAACUGCUUACACUGAUGGCCAUAACAAACAAAACAUGCAGUAAUGCAAAAAUAAGAUAUGAACGAUCAACUUUAAAAGAAGAAACUGUAAUAAAACAGUAGUUUGACGAGUUUGCAUGUACAACAGGUCAAGAGUUUGUGGUAAUUCAGGAUUAUUAUUUUUAUUUUUUUUAUUAUCUUCAUUCCUGCAGGGUUUUGAUAAACACCAAGACUCUACUGUAUUGUUGCCAUUUAGCUUUGGUUAGGAUUGUGUUAUUCUUGUGGUAAAUCUUUUCCUCACAGGGCCAGAGUUAACUUCAGCAGAAACAUGCCAUCCUAUAAGCCACAGUAUAUUAAGAGUAAAUUACUAUAGGAAUAUAUUUAUGCUAGUACAGCAUUAAAUAUUAUAUGUUUUAUACGACAUAACCUCUACAGCAAUGACGCAAAUCUCUUGAUGGGUAGAAAGCCGUAGACAAAUAGAUAUGCUGAACAGAGUAUUAUAAACUAAAUGGCAACAAUUCUAUUUGCUCAGAAUAGUGUUACCGAGUUGUGAAUUUGUAGAUAUUGUGAAAUCAAUUCCAAUCGUUUUUGUGAAUAUUGAUAUGUCAUGUCAUUUAUUUUUACAUCUGAUAAGUACCGCUGUCUUACACUGAUCUCUGUAACACUACGUGUUAUGGUAUUUAAAGAUGUACAGUAGAGAUAAUAUUCAUCGAGCUACUUACGAGAUCAGUACCUUGUGUGCACUUUUCAAACCUAACUGUGAAUUAGCAGCAGUCUGCAAACGGAGUUGUACACACUGUGUUCUCUCUCCAGCAAUUUCACUGCAUGUCCCUACGCAUUGAGAGAUCAAAGACUUCCUCCACAAAGACAGCUCCGGGAACAUAGUGGACUUUUGUGUUUUUGUUGGGAAGUUGCUCUCUGCAGUAUAUGCUCAGUGACUGGACUCUGUAUGUUGCCCUCUGUCGUUCAUGUUCUUACUGUAUGAGAUGUAGCGAAUGGAUGGGGAUUAAAAGGACGUUGUAUUUUG